AUGGAUGAGGUGUUGCCAAACUCUGUGGUUCCACAGGGAACCAUGCCGCUGACGGGCGGCACAGAAGGGGCCUUGCCGCAUUCGGUGGUCCCGCAAGGAACUGUGCCGCUGACCAGCAUUGGGGCUGACACCUUGUCGCCUGCCAAGCUGGCAGGUUUCUCAACCAAGACUAACAAGUCCGGGGGCGGAACGCAGACCGCGGUCAUGCACCAGGCCCUCGACGGUCAGCUGGAGGAGAUCUACACCGUUCUGGAAGAAGGGAUGGACUCUGCAAAUUGUAGAUCGCUCUUGGAUGGCUCCUAUCCUUUCACCUUCCAGUACAAGAAGCGGAAGUGCACGGGCGGGGCCAUCCACAUCGCUGCGCUGCAAUCCGAUGGGCAACUCCUCGAGCAGCUCCUGGACCUCAACGUCGACAUCAACGUGGAGUGCCGCUACAUGACCUUCGAGAAGGAGGGCCGGGCAAUGCCCAUCCACCUGGCCGUGCAGGGCUGUCUGGAGAACGUUCAGCUGCUGAUAAAUGCUGGCGCGGACGUGAACGCUCGAGUCAAGGUGGAUGGUUCAGAUCACUUUUGCCCUCUCCACGACGCUGUGUUCUUCCGCGAUGUCGACAUGGUCCAGUACUUGUUGGAGAAGGCUGCCAGCGUCAAUGCGCUGAACAUGGAUCGUGCCGCGGUCAUUCCCCUAAGCCCUAUAAGCCCCUACCAGACCUGUCACCGCUUUCCCGACCCCCGAGGAAUGACUCCGCUCCAUGUGGCUGCAAAGAUGGGUGCUUCGGAGGUGGCGGAGGUCUUGGUGCGCCACGAGGCCGACACCGAGCUCAGGGACGAGAGCCAGCGGAGCGCGCUGGAGGUGGCCGUUGAGUCCGGAGUAUUUCCUCAGCGUCGGCUUCAUCUUCUGGCGAGAUUUCGCAUUGGCGACAUCAUGAUCGUAUCCGAGCACUGCCCCAGUGCCACAACGGAGUUCAUUCGGAAUCUUUUGUGCGACUACGCUGGUGCAGAGUCGGCGGACCAAGUGGCGCACAAGACCAACGUCGCAGAUGAGCUGCAGACGGAGGAAAACCUGACGGUCGAGCACUGGAUAGCGCUUCUGGACAACACCCCAGAUGCCGCAGACUAUCUGCUGGAAAUCCUGACCGUGGAGCCUGACGAGGACAGCGUCUACUACCAUCCAUUGCCCAACCAGGCCAUCCUCAAGGAGCUCAGGGCAGACUACAACACGGACGACAGCUGGAAAUGCGACACUGAAACCGGUGACAGGGCCAAGGCGUGGCCCGCUUGGCAUGACCGCCUGGCCCCUGGCGCCCGCGCCGUGCGGAAGGGACGGCGGAUUUCCCACGCCCCUUCCAAUCGCAUCUCGAAGUUUGUGAUGCGCCAACCGAACCCUCGGACGAACCAGCCAAAGUUUGUGGACUCGCGCGACUUGCAGCCAGUGCACAUGCGGCAACUGCGAUUGAAAGGCAUUGUUUGCCCCGAGGUGUUGCAGGCACUCAGUGAGACCAAGUAUGUCGAGAUUUUCAGAAAUCCCGCCGUCACUGCAACCUUGACAUACUGUUGGGAUGCCUUCGUGUUGAAAUGGUACUUACUCCAGCUGCUGCACCGGCUUCUGGAAUUGAUCGUGCUGUCUGCAUGGACCUACUCCAAGUCUCAGGACUUCAACAACAAGCAGGUCCCUUACUGGCAGCGCCGCAUCUCCUGGACCUUCAUGUUUGAAAGCGCUGUUCGAGAUACCUACAUAGAAGCCUUCCAAGCCUACGGCUACUGCAUCCAGCUUCAGAACCCUGGGUCUUAUUUUGGCAAUGGAGGCAACUACGUGGAUGUCGCGGUUAUCUCCAUCUUCAAUGUGGUGGUUGGACAGGCUUUGUAUUCUGGCCAGUUCAACUUGGAUGCAGAGGAGGAGCUUUUUGCCCUGUUGGUCUUUGUUCGCUGGUUCCAGAUGCUUUUCGCACUGCGUGCUUUCAAGCUGGGCAUGAUUGGCGUAAAAGGAAUUAUUCCCAUUCUGCACUCUGUCAAGAAGAUAGGGGGCAUGGGGAUCAUCUGUGGCUUCGUUUUUGCCGGAUUCUGGCAUGCCUUCAUGAUCCUGGACAACGGUCUCGAAGGCCCUUAUAAAAUUCUUGUGGGAACGGUGAAGCUGCUUUUCAUGGUGGAUGGCGAUGGCAUCGUGCAAGUCUUGAAGCUUGGCAACCGUGGUGAUGAGGCUGGCAACGGGGACUACAUCACGCUGGCCAGCUUGAUGGUUGCGGUGAUCAUCUUCUGUAUUAGUUUGCUGAAUUUAUUUAUUGCUGUACAUGGAAGGGCAUACUCCGAAGCCCACAUGCAUGCCACCAACCUAUUCCUCCAGGAAAGGGCUUCCAUUUGUGUGCACUGCAUGGUGCAGCUACGGUUACCCAUGUGCUGCGGCCACCAGAGGAAAUGGUGGCAGCUGGGCUACUUCGUUUUGGCCUUUCUGGCAUUCGGAGGAUGGGUUCUAUGUAUUCUUAUUGAAGAUUGUCCUGCCAUCAUUCCUGCAGUGCUGCUCUCCUUGGCUUUCUACCUGUUCAACGGACUGCUGCUGGAGCGGCCAUGGACUAACGAAGAUGUCUGCAGUCGUAGCUACCUUUGGUGGUGUGCACCGACAAGCAAGCAAUACGGCAUCUCCGGUGAAGCGGAGCAAGCGCAGAUGGUGGAAGACAUGGCCGAGAGGCUGGUGCGGCUUGAGAAGUCGCUGGAAGAGCUGCGGCAAAGCACCCUCCUCCAGGCGGGGCGGCCGCAGACACGCGGUGGUCGGAUGGGCAACACUCGGCUGGGGGGGCGAUGGCAUUGA